UGCGUGUAUGAUGAAAGGAAAAAAAUAGGAGGUAAAGAGAAAGAAGCGAAUCGAUGCAGUGCACACAACCGUAGCUUCAUAUACUUUCACUACCACUACCUAGCAAUUGCACACACUUGUCUCUUUGUUUAUCCUCUGUAUGACAUACGCGCGGCGAACAACGAGCUGCUCGGUGCAAGUAAUCGAGCGGCUGGCAGCGGGAACGAUAGUCAGUUCAGUACCGAGUGCGCUGACCUGUAGGACGGAUAACGAUGGUCGUUGACCGCGGUUAAGCGCGAUUCUUUGUUUACAUCGGCGUGCAUCCUAAAGAACAAAAUCUCGUCCGGAUCUUCGGACAAACCGAGGAAGUCGCCGACGUUCUUUCUGUGACAGACAACGCGGGCAAACAUGUCGAGGAUAGCAGGAAGCUCUCCUGCGACAGCCACGAACAAAGGCGAACAACAGCAGCAACAGCAACAACAACAACUACAACAACAACAACAACAACAACAACAACAAGAAUUCCCGUUGGGUUUGGAUAAAGAUGCCAGCGAGCAUAGCAUCUCUAGCAUGAUGUCAUGCGUGUCCAUCUCGCCAAAGCACGCGGAGAGCAGCCUCCGAGUCAUGGAGAGUUAUCUCCACAAGCAACAGCUGACAGACGUCACGUUGAUCGCGGGAAAUAAACGUGUCCCAGCUCAUAGAUUAGUACUCAGUGCUGGCUCUGAAUAUUUUGCCGCAAUGUUUACGAGCUCUCUACGAGAGUCGGCACAAAAUGAAAUAGAAUUAAUGGAUAUUGAUGGAGAUGCAUUGUGGGCUUUGGUUCUUUACUGUUAUACAGGUUGCAUAGAAUUACAGGAGGAUAGUGUGGAGACUCUUCUUGCAACUGCAUGUUUAUUACAACUGAAUCCAGUUAUUAAAGCAUGCUGUCAAUUUCUUAUCAAGCAACUUCAUCCAAGCAACUGUCUAGGUAUACGAAUGUUUGCUGACACACAAGGCUGUUUAGAAUUGUUUGAACAUGCACAUGCAUACACUACCAAACAUUUCAUGGAAGUUACAAAAAAUCAAGAGUUCUUACUCCUAUCUGCUGACGAAGUUGCAAAAUUACUUGAAUCUGAGGAUCUUAAUGUCCCUUCAGAAGAAACUAUCUUUCACGCUCUAGUGACUUGGUUGGAACAUGAUCCAGAAAACCGGAGCAAAGAUGCUAGUAAAUUAUUAGGUUUAGUCAAAUUGCCAUUGUUAUCACCCGCGUUUAUAGCUGACAAUAUUGAAAGUAACGAAAUGUUCAAAGACCAAAGAAUGGCACAGGAAUUAGUAAUGGAAGCAUUGAAAUAUCAUUUGCUGCCCGAACGAAGACCUUUGCUUCAAUCAGGUAGAACAAAACCGAGAAAAGCCACUGUAGGUACAUUGUUAACUGUUGGAGGAAUGGAUGCUAAUAAAGGUGCCACAUCUAUAGAUGCAUUUUCACUGCGUGAUAAUGCUUGGAAAUCUUUAACUACUAUGAGUAGCAGAAGAUUGCAAUUCGGCGCAGUAGUAGUUGAUAAAAAAUUAAUUGUCGCAGGUGGUAGAGAUGGUUUAAAGACUUUAAAUACAGUAGAAUGUUUCGAUUUCUCCACUCGUACAUGGAGCACUCUUCCACCUAUGAACGUCCAUCGUCAUGGAUUAGGAGUGGCAGUCUUGGGUGGACCAUUAUAUGCUGUUGGUGGUCAUGAUGGUUGGAGUUUUCUUGAUGCAGUAGAGAGAUGGGAUCCAGCAACGCGUCAGUGGAGUUCGAUAUGUUCAAUGUCUAUACAAAGAUCUACAGUCGGUGUGGCUGUAUUAAAUGAUAAAUUAUAUGCCGUUGGAGGAAGAGAUAUUAGUUCCUGCUUAAAUACUGUGGAAUGUUAUGAUCCACAUACGAACAAAUGGACACCAUGCGCGCCUAUGUCAAAAAGACGAGGUGGUGUAGGCGUAGGAGUGGUAAACGGUUGUCUUUAUGCACUCGGUGGUCAUGAUGCUCCAGCUAGUAAUCCUAAUGCUAGCAGAUUCGACUGUGUGGAAAGGUAUGAUCCUAAAACUGAUACAUGGACUAUGGUUGCACCAAUGAGCGUGCCCAGAGAUGCAGUUGGUGUGUGCGUAUUAGGUGACAGACUUAUGGCUGUGGGAGGAUACGAUGGUCAACAAUAUCUCACGUUGGUGGAAGCCUAUGAUCCACAUCUCAACGAAUGGGAACCUGUUGCUCCUCUUAAAGCUGGCCGUGCAGGACCCUGUGUUGUUGUUAAAAAUUUAACUAAUAACAUCAGACCAUUCUUUUUAAACGAUUAGUUGGAUUAGUUAAUUGGACUUGUGCGAUUUAUAUCUGUAAUUACAUUAGGAAAGGUUUCAGAAAUAUAACAGAAUCUACUCUCGUGUGAUAUUGCAUGCAUAUUAAUCGCAUUGUUAUUUUUCUGAAACAAUUUUAAAGUAUUAAAUUUUUCGUAGCAUAUAGUAAUUUUUAUACGAUUUUUAUAUGUUUUUGUGUUGAAUCAAAGAAAUUUCAAUCGUUGUAAAUCACCAAACAUUUUUAUCAUUUAUUUAUCAAUUUUGUAUAUAUUUCGAUUUUAUAUAAAAUUUUCAAUAACGAUAAUGUGUAGAAAUUCGUGUUAAUAUCAUGUUUGUAAUUUAAAAUAUAAGCGUAACAAAUUUUUAAUAGGAUAUAUACAAUGUUUUCUCUAAAUAAAAGUGACAAUGCUUUUCAUAAA